CCGCUAUGAGCGCAGCUUCUGUCUCAUCCGACUUUGCAGCGCGCAUCGUCAUUGUACCGUGUGUCCAGAAGCUACGUUUUUCGCCUGGUCGGCAACUGCCGCUACUCCGGUUCACAGUUUGCUGCCUAGCAGACAUGUAGUUAGAGAGCUGAGCUGAACCCAGGAUCCAAACAGAGUGGGAGCUCCCGAACCUAGAGGGCCUGCCCCUGUUGACUACUGUUGGGACGUGGCGAUUUUUACUAAGCCUACGCUCUCCGUGGAGCUGCUAUGUCUUUACAGGGGGUAUUAGCAGCCAAUGUAGUCCGUGAAACAGAUGCUUGAUUACUCCUCCUGACUUUGCGCUGCAUUGGUAGAAAGCCCAACCAUACUCACCGAUGGGACAACCUGUUGCACAUAAGCGAAGACUGAACACGCCAAUGGCAGGUAUCCUUCGUUUCGGACUGCCUACUUCCCUCCGACAUAACAUUACUUCGUUAUGGCUUAGGUCUCUACUAUGCUGUCCUAACAGCACUAACGUUUGUGGUGGACAGGACCUCGUUCAGGCCAUUUUUAAGGACAAAACCUUCGCCACCAUCGGAGUAGCCACUCCUGAAGCGGAUCGACUAACACACACGUUUAUCGCUGUACAAGACGACUUUCGUUGGUUUGAUUUUUGGACCCGCGAAAGGCGACUCUGGUGGAAACGAUUUAGCCAUAACUGUUCGAGAUUCGAAGAUGUUCGAGUUGACAUCGACCACAGUCAAAUUGUCUACAAGCGAGAUAACAUAGUCGAGACCCUAAUUAGAAAAAAACAAGGUUCAACAACGGUCAUAAGUAGUCAUAUUGAACUCGGUGAGGCUGUCCGAUGUUUGCUGGAUGACGCUCGUUGUGAAACUAUUAAGGAUACUCCAUGUUUUCGAUUGCACUAUCAGCUUGUCCCGUACCAAGUAUCGGUUACAGUGGCAUCAGAGAAACUCAGACCUCGUGCAGAUGAGAUCCUAACAAAUUUGAAAAAAUCGAAUGUUCGGUGCUUGCCAACGGUCAGUGUUACCCCAGCCGUCACGCCGCAAGCGUUCCAAGAUGAGGAUUUUCUAGGUGUGUACUUCAAUGUUUACAUAGAUGAAGACACACCUGAGACCAGCGUUGUCAAAGUACGGAAUCGAGAUACGGCAAGCUCGGAAUAUAUGUAUAUCCAUCAGGUUGUUCCACUAUUAGCGAGGUACCUAAAAACGGAGAUGGCUUACCCCUGCGAAAAGUACAUCGCACAGAAGGAGUCGGAACAAGAUGCACAGUCAACACAAAUCCGCGUACCUAAGGCGAUACAAGCGAAGAAGAAGACAGUACAGCCGGUGCAAGACAUAGCGUCGGACCAAGAUAAACGAAUUUGUUCUGUUACCAAUCACGAAGACCCUUUCAACUCUAAAGGCGAUCGGACUACAAAGCGAAGGCUGAUUCUAAAGAAAGGCGCUCGUAAAUCGUCUAAGUCAGAAUAAGGAAAUGGUUUGUUGGCUACAAGAGACCAUUGUUCUUUGCACGCGCAGCUGCAUCGUCCUCAGAUUUGUAUAGGGCAAUUUUUGUUAGCCGUAAGGUCAUCUCGCGACAACCUGCGAAUGCAUUUUUAUGGAGAGAACACUAUUUUUUAGUACGAUCAACAACGUUCACGAUCUAACCGGAUAUUGUCCAGCUAAACUGAAGUAAUCGUUCUUUCCUAUUGCUAGGGAUUGUAUCUGAAUUCGUCAAUAGCUUUGUUAAAAGAUAACGCCUCGGAUUCCUAUAUUAACAAUACAACAAGGCAAUAAACAAAAGUGCCAGGAUUCAGUUAUUUUCAGCUUUGUGUGUUGUAGUUUCUGUGCCUAGUAAAAGUUAAUAAUAUUCUGUCAGCGAGCCCUUGUACUAGUUAUACGGAAUGUUCAAGUGGAAAAUUUCACUUCUUUCUAUCAAGCAGUUGCAAAGGCAUCCCCUUACGAAAGGAAGCGCCUUCAUAGUAACUAGGACAGUAAAGCAACCGUCAUAGUAAAAAAAUUCCAGAAUUUAACCUAUAGUUGUGACCUGUCCCCAGAAAACACGGAAUGCAGUUAAUACCGUCGUAACUGUUCAAGUCUUAUUUAAGUCAGCGUGCACUUGUGCUAAAUCAGACUAAGUGUAUUUCUGACCCGCUAAAGCCACUAGCUUUGUGCAAUAAAUUUGCAACUUCAGAGGGCAUCGAACCUAUUGAGGAAAUCAUCAAGCACUAGAUGGGGUACUUUUUCUGACUAUCGACUCAUCACCAAGGUUACACAUGACCAAUACCGACACAUAAAAGAUAUAUCUAGUCAACCUUAAAUAUAUCGCAAACCACAGAGAAAUGAUGAGCGAGACAGCCUACAUGUAGCGUUUCUCUUUCUUCGAGUUUUAUCCUGUUAAGUGUUGACUUCAUUCUCGAUCUAUUAUCAUACGUAUAUUGUUGAGAUUUUGUAAAGAAGCGGGUGAGUAAAUGCGCCAGCCGGUCCUGGCACUUAGCCAUCACCUUCCUGUCGAGAGGUCCAUCGUAGCCAGUUAUAUGCAAGAAUGUUGGCGAUAGUGGGGAACGCUAAAAAGGCUUAUGGAUAUGAAUGACGUGGGGAUGCUACAUCGACGGUGAUGACGCCAUAGUUGAAAAGUGUUUACAAUAACAUAUUGAGCUUCAAGAGCAGCCGCAGCGUUCGACCUCGUCGAUUGCCACUGGGAGAGACUCUGAGUGUUAUUGGCGCCUUUCAGUGUGAGACCUAGCGCGGCGACGACGUCGCAAGACGUCAUUAAAUGGGAGGUCCUGGUUAUACGUGUCGAGACAGAUGCGACCGGAGACGCGAGACAGUCGACCUGGCGUUGUACCGGUACGAAGUAACCAAUGCUGGCCAUGGUCAAAGACGGUGAAAGUUGAAUAUCGUCGCAAGCAUAAUACGUCCUUGUGUGCUUGCACACGUUUUGUCUGCCAGAUGCAAUUGUCUGUUCAUCUGUAUAGCUGUUAUCCCAAUUUAGAUGAAUAUCGUCUACUUGUGGCCUGUCUGCGCUCUUCUUUGUUCACUUUAUCGGUAGAGUGAUACAAUAGCCUGUGCUUAUUCAAGCUGUAAUAGCUAUUAAUAAUGUCUGCAACCUGCAAGCUUCAUUUGUUCUACCAUCCGAUGCUGUCGAGCUUUGCUUACUAAUGGAAGGCUUCAUAUGUUGAUGUCAGCUUAGAGAGCCAUCGGUGUACCACAACACGUGCAUAGAUUUAUAUCUAAUACUCGAAACUCGUUCUUUUGAAAUGUUGAAGAAACCCUCGAUGUCUGUUGUUGGAGUCGCUGGCCGAAGCAGACCGACAUCGUUUGCCUAUAAUCCCGGCCACCCCACCGUUCGGUGCUACUAUUCCUCAACAUCCUUUGAUACAGGUGGGGGGAGGAAUCGCUUCUAGAAUCUCUGUGGGAUUGCUUACAUAUGAUCAAGCUAGUUGCUCCUAAACCUUCUAUUUGGCGUUCUUAGAAGAAAUGCUAAUAUAAGACACAGACGAUCAUAAAGCCAGACGCAUAGAAUCUAUGGUAGGCUGAAAGAGACGUUUAAAUCAACUUAUGAGCGCAGCUUCAAGUUGGAUUAAAUAUUUAGAGGACUUGAACUGCAGUCUCAAAAUAAAUACUAUGCAGCAAUCCUUGCGACGAUGAACGCCAUAUAUGGAGGCCUUAACUCUGCGGGAAGUUCAAAACCGUUCUCCCCAAGAGCAAUGUAGUGGGCACAAAGAGGAAGCAGAUAUCCCUUAGUAACUAACAUGUUGGCCGGAAGACCCCAGAAACGAACAGGGUGAAACAAGUGUUCUGAUGUGACGGAAGAGCAAUGCUUGUAAUAUUCCACGAUCAUACAGGACGUGUUCUAGCGCUCAAGUGCUGUUACCAAUAAAAAAAAGUUAAACUUUAUUAAAACGCUGUCUAAGGCUUGGUUACCUUAUAACCGCUAAAUCGCAGACAAAAGCUGAUCCUUUUCGGCAUUUCGAAAACGCAUCUAUGUAAUGUGGAAGCACACUGUGCAUGCAUAAGCGCAAAGUUGUUCGGUCUGAUAAGUUGUUGCUUUUGACAAUUACUUUUUGAUGGGAGUUCUACAGUAGUUCACCUACGCCUUGUGGGCAAACGAUACCAAGGAAUUAGCCAUGUCGACUACGAAAAUCGGAUACAAACGUAAGACACAUAUUUUUAUGAUAUAAACAGUGGAAAUAUACUUUGUAUCUCUUUACAGGCCCGAUACUAUUCGUCAUUAAAUCCGAGACCCGGUUUAAAUUUGAAGGUUGUUUAUACCCAAAGCCUUUUCUUCUCGUUCCCUUUAUUCAAUCCGUGGCACCACCUCAUUAAUAAAGCAAUUUCAAUAAAGUGUUAUAAAAUUAGAAAAGUUUAAUAGAGUAUGCAUUUUCAAAAUACUUUUCGAGAUUUCGAUCCCGG